AUGGAUGCCACAGAUGGGGUUCCACUCUCUGGUCGCACCUUCUUCCCACUGGGUGGUAAAGGAAAAUCCUUGGACGCAAUGAUCCUGCAUUACACCGGGUUUAUUAUCCCUUCAGAAAGCCAUGACUACAUGCUCGAGAAGCUGUGCUCGGAAUACAAUGUCUUCAUUUCUAACAUUG